AAUUAUAUAUCUACUUGUGUUUGCAGUCGUCGCUCAUGCUGGCCUGGAUGUGUGCCUCAAGGAUAUGGGUUGCCUGAAAGGGACUCUAUUUCCAGGAUAUGAAGAGAAUACACAAAUUGAGGCAUUCAUGGGUAUACCAUUUGCUCAGCCCCCCGUGGCUGAACUUCGUUUAAGGAAUCCAGUGCCUGCAAAACCAUGGCAGGGUAUACUUAAUGCCACUGAAGCUGGAGGAACUUGUUUGCAGACAAAUUACUUUACUCCAAAUUGGGAUAUCUGGGGACAAGAAGAUUGUCUAUACUUGAAUGUCUAUAGGCCAAAGGAUAUCAGUGACUCGAAGCAGUUGCCUGUUAUGGUUUAUAUUUAUUCGGGAGGCUUCUUCACUGGCACAUCGCAUCCAGGUCUGGUUGGUCCCCAAUAUUUAAUGGACACCAAAGAGGUUAUCUUAGUCUCGUUUAACUAUCGACUGGGUCCAUUUGGAUUCCUAAGCACCGGCGAUGAGCAUAUGCCUGGAAAUUUUGCCUUCAAGGAUCAACGUUUGGCUCUGCAGUGGGUACAAAAGCAUAUUUCCUCCUUUGGUGGAGAUGCCAAUUUGGUGACCAUCUUUGGUCACAGUGCCGGAGGAAGUUCCUCUCACUAUCAUAUGUUAAGUGAGAAUUCCAAGGGUCUGUUCCAUAGAUCCAUGUCCCUUAGUGGCUGUGGUCUUGGUAGUUUUAUGUCAAUAGAGAAGGAUCCCCUCAAAAAAACUCAACAAUUUGCGGAACAUCUCGAAAUUCCCAACUUCAAGGAUCUGUCCAAUGAGGAAUUAGCUAACGCUUUGCGUCAGGUGGAUGCCAUGGCUUUACUUAAAACUGCGGAUAUUGCUAGGAUCUGGGACGUUUACCCUCUUGUAGCUGACUUACCAGUUCUAGAGGAACCUGGCCCUGAAGCCUUUUUCACCGAGGAUCCUGUUCAGGCUCAUUUGGCAGGACGUAUUCAUCAAGUACCCUGGCUUUUGGGAACCACCUCAAGAGAAGGCGAAGGUCUUACUUUUCUCUUCCGCAAUUUAGAUUCGGAUGACCGCCUCAAGGAUUUUAAUUCUAAAUUUCUGGAUCAUCUUGCGAUGGCCAUAAAUCUACCAGAAGGCGUGAGUUCAAAUGUUGUGCAGGAUAUAUUGGAACUAUAUGGUCAGCCUCAGAUUAAAGAGCUAAACAAUGAUACCUUUGCAUUCCUGGCCGGAAUCGUGGGUGACUUUAAUUUCAUGUAUCCCCUGUAUAUGUCAGCAAAGACCUAUACCAAAUUGGAUCAAUUGUCCAUUUAUAAUUUCGAUUAUCUUGGUGAGAAAACAUUUGCAUCUAUUUUCGCCUCAUCUAGAGUAAUUGAAGUGGGUUCUGUGCACUUGGAUGAUACCCUGCAUACAGUUGCAAUGCAAGCUUUAACGCCAAUUUUUCAAAAAGAUUCCACAGACGCCAAGGUGAUGAAGCGAAUGACCAACUUGUUAGUUCACUUUGCCAAAACUGGCAAAAUGGACGAUUUGAACUUACUACCGUGUAAAGAAGAAGAUUUCACUUCCCAAGAGAUGUGCAACUAUUUUCGUUUUGGUGGUGCAAGAGAAACAUUUAUAGAAGAAAUCGAUAAGAAAUUGAACACACGAGGUCUUGAGUUAUGGAAGAAACUAUAUCUGCCAUAGGGAGUAACAUACAUACAUACAUAUAUACAUAUAUAUUGAAUGCGUUUACAAAGAUUUGAUUAAGUAAAGGAGCACACAAUCAGGUUAAGCAAUUCAUUGGACAAAGAAGUUCUCUGGCGACCUCAUUUUGCAUACAACAGAAAACAGAAACUGCAUCAAAAGUGUCUGCUGCAGUCACUUGAAGGUCAAUUUGCAUAUUGCAUCAACAAUCAGAGACUUCUUUUACCCAACGGGAGCAUUGUUCUGGGUGAAGGGCAUACACUGAGCAAACAAACAGAAAAAAACCCCAUAAGUAUAUCAUACAUCAAUAAAAAUAAAAUUGCAAGAUCCGUUACAAUAAAUACUUAGUAAAAUAUUGAUAA